CCCGCGGUCUCUCCGCCAAUCAGCAAGCGGGGAGGGGCGCGGCGAAUGACAUAAAUACGGCCCCUCCCCCAGUAGACGACCGAGCUUGAAAGAACUACACUUCCCAGUGUGCACCGCGAGGGAGCGCGUGGGCAGAUGGCCCACUUCCGCUUCCCGCGGCAUGGGAAGUGCACGUUGCCUGAGCAACCGGCUUCUUACUCCCACUGUGAGACGAAUCAGGAGCUGCUCCGCCCUCUCCAGCUCAGGAUAUUGAGCUUCCUGGGUCAGAUGCUGCUGCCUGCGUUGUCAUCUGGGAGCCCAGACUGAGCAGCUGCUGCUCCCCCGGUGGGCUCUGGGCUUGGGAGUGACUUGGAGUGAAGCUUCCUCUGUGCCCAGGCAAGGUGAUGGGAUGGUGAAUGAGACCAUGGAUCAGAAUCCUCAGCAGGAAGAUGAUGAGGAAGUGGAACCACAUGGGGUGUUACUGCAAAGAUGCAAAGGGAGUGUGUCCAGAAGUUGUGAGCAGGAAAAAGCCUGUGAGAGUCAGUACAGACCAGAGAAGCAGCAGGGAAAACAGCCAGCGCAGAAAGCUGGUCAAUCUGUUAAUUAUCAGGGAACUCAGAAACACAAGAAGAAUACCAUGACCCAGCAGAUAAUCCUCAUGGGAGAGAGAAAUAACACAUGCACUGAGUGUGGGAAAAAGUUCAGUAAGCGAGCACACCUUAUUAUCCAUCAAAGAAGUCACACAGGGGAGAAACCCUAUGAAUGCUGUGAGUGUGGGAAAACCUUCGCUCAGAGCUCAAACCUUACUACACAUAAGCGAAUUCACACAGGAGUGAAACCCUAUGAAUGCUGUGAGUGUGGGAAAUCCUUCACUGAUCACUCAACCCUUAUUACUCAUCGGAGAAUCCACACAGGGGAGAAACCCUAUGAAUGCUGUGAGUGUGGAAAAUCCUUUUCUCGGAGCUUACAUCUUAUUCAACAUCAGAGAAUCCACACAGGGGAGAAACCCUAUGAAUGCUGUGAGUGUGGGCAAACCUUCGCUCAGAGCUCACAGCUUAUUAGACAUCAGAGGAUCCACACAGGGGAGAAACCCUAUGAAUGCUGUGAAUGCGGGAAAACCUUUACUGGUAGUUCAAACCUUAUUAGCCAUCAGAGAAUCCACACAGGGGAAAAACCGUAUGAAUGCUGUGAGUGUGGGAAAACCUUCACUGAUAGCUCAACCCUUAUUAGCCACCAGAGAAUCCACACAGGGCAGAAACCCUAUAGAUGUUCUGAGUGUGGGAAAACCUUCUCUUGGAGCUCAGCUCUUAUUCAGCAUCAGAGAAUCCACACAGGGGAGAAACCCUAUGAAUGCUGUGAGUGCAGGAAAACUUUUUCUCAGAACUCAGCUCUUAUUCAACAUCAGAGAAUCCACACAGGGGAGAAACCCUACGCAUGCUCUGCGUGUGGGAAAAGCUUUAAUUGGAGCUCACACUUUCUUACACAUCAGAGAAUCCACACAGGGGAGAAGCCCUACACAUGCGCUGAGUGCGGGAAAAGCUUCAAUCAGAACUCAGACCUUAUCAGACAUCAGAGAAUCCACACAGGGGAGACGCCCUACACGUGUUCUGAGUGCGGGAAAAGCUUCAGUCAGAACUCAGACCUUAUCAGACAUCAGAGAACCCACACAGGGGAGACUCCCUACACGUGUUCUGAGUGCGGGAAAAGCUUCAGUCAGCACUCAGACCUUAUCAGACAUCAGAGAAUCCACACUGGGGAGACGCCCUACACAUGCUCUGAGUGCGGGAAAAGCUUCAGUCAGAACUCAGACCUUAUCAGACAUCAGAGAAUCCACUCUGGGGAGACGCCCUACACAUGCUCUGAGUGCGGGAAAAGCUUCACUCAGAACUCAGACCUUAUCAGACAUCAGAGAAUCCACACUGGGGAGACGCCCUACACAUGCUCUGAGUGCGGGAAAAGCUUCAAUCGGAGCUCAAGCCUUAUCACACAUCAGAAAAUCCACACAGGGGAGAAGCCCUACACAUGCUCUGAGUGCAGGAAAAGCUUCAAUCGGAGCUCAAUCCUUAUCACACAUCAGAGAACCCACACAGGGGAGACGCCCUACACAUGCGCUGACUGUGGGAAAAGUUUCAGUCGGCGCUCAGACCUUAUUACACAUCAGAGAAGCCACACAGGGGAGACACCCUACACAUGCUCAGAGUGCGGGAAAAGCUUCAGUCGGCCUUCAAACCUUAUUACACAUCAGAGAAUCCACACAGGGGAGACGCCCUACACAUGCUCUGAGUGCGGGAAAAGCUUCAAUCACAGCUCAAACUUUAUUAGACAUCAGAAAAUCCACACACAGGAGAUGCCCUACACAUGCUCUGAGUGUGGGAAAAGCUUCAGUUGGAGCUCUACCCUUAUCGCACACAGGAGAAUCCACACAGGAGAGAGGCCAUACACAUGCUCUGAGUGCGGGAAAAGCUUCAGUCACAGCUCUACCCUUAUCGCACACAGGAGAAUCCACACAGGAGAGAGGCCCUACACAUGCUCUGAGUGUGGGAAAAGCUUCAGUCAGAGCUCACACCUUAUCGCACACAGGAGAAUCCACACAGGAGAGAUGCCCUACACAUGCUCUGAGUGCGGGAAAAGCUUCAAUCAGAGCUCACACCUUAUCGCACACAGGAGAAUCCACACUGGAGAGCUGCCCUACACAUGCUCUGAGUGUGGGAAAAGCUUCAAUCGGAGCUCAAACCUUAUCAAACACUGUAGAAUCCACACAGGAGAGAUGCCCUACACAUGCUCUGAGUGCGGGAAAAGCUUCAAUUGGAGCUCAGACCUUAUCGUACAUCAGAGAAUCCACACCGGAGAGACGCCCUACACAUGCUCUGAGUGCGGGAAAAGAUUCAAUCAGAGCUCAAACCUUAUUGCACAUCAGAGAAUCCACACCAGAGAGACGCCCUACACGUGCUCUGAGUGCGGGAAAAGCUUCAGUCGGAGCUCAAACCUUAUUGCACAUCAGAGAAUCCACACG